AUGGGUUGGUUCCAGCUGCCAAACUGUCUGCGCUUCGGCCGAAAGGAAUUCACUUUGUCCACGGAGAAGAUCGUUGACUCGCAAGAUGAGAACACGGAACGGGGCAACUGGUCCAGCAAAACAGACUACCUGCUGUCCAUGGUGGGCUAUGCGGUGGGCCUGGGCAACGUCUGGAGGUUCCCGUACCUGACCUAUGAGAAUGGAGGAGGAGCCUUCCUGAUCCCCUAUGCCAUCAUGCUGGCCCUCGCCGGCCUCCCUCUGUUCUUCAUGGAGUGCUCCCUGGGACAGUUUGCCAGCUUGGGACCCGUGUCAAUUUGGAGAAUUUUGCCUCUUUUUCAAGGCGUGGGAAUCACCAUGGUCGUCAUCUCCACCUUUGUGACCAUCUAUUACAACGUCAUCAUUGCCUACAGCCUCUACUACUUGUUCGCCUCCUUCCAACGGGUGGUGCCAUGGGAUAACUGCAACGCGACGUGGGCCGAUCACAGAUGCAGCAAAACGCCACUGGUAUUAUCGUGCAACGUCACGAUGGGAGACAUAAUCGUCAACAUGAGUUACCCCGAGGUGUUGAGCAAGAACCUCACCUGCAUCCCCGACAGCCAAGUAUUUGAAGAUUCGCAGCUUCCCAGCGAGCAGUAUUGGAACUACGAAGUCCUCCAGCGCUCGGCGAACAUCAGCGAGACCGGAGUGAUCGUGUGGUACCUGGCCCUUUGCCUUCUCCUUUCCUGGCUGAUCGUGGCAGUUAGCUUGGUCAAAGGGAUCAAGUCAUCCGGGAAGGUUGUCUAUUUCACAGCCCUCUUCCCAUAUGUGGUCCUGAUUAUACUGCUGGUGCGAGGGGUCACCUUGGUAGGCGCCCGUGAUGGGAUUGAGUUCUACAUCGGGGCCCAGUCUGACUUCAAGAAACUUCUCAAUGCGGAGGUGUGGAAAGCCGCCGCCACGCAGAUUUUCUUCUCCCUCUCUGUCGCCUGGGGUGGGCUGGUGGCCCUCUCCUCCUACAACAAGUUCCGUAACAAUUGCUACGCGGACGCCAUUUUCGUCUGCCUGACCAACUGCCUCACCAGCGUCUUCGCGGGGUUCGCCAUCUUCUCCAUCUUGGGCCACAUGGCCUACAUGUCAAAAAAGAAGGUCGAAGAUGUCGUCAAAUCAGGAUUUGACCUGGCCUUUGUGGCCUAUCCUGAAGCCCUGUCCCAGCUCCCGGUGGCUCCUCUCUGGUCCUUCCUGUUCUUCUUCAUGCUCCUCCUGCUGGGUCUCGAUUCCCAGUUUGCCACCAUAGAGACCAUCACCACCACCAUCCAAGAUAUCUACCCUGCCGUGAUGAAGAAGAUGAGAGUCUUUGUGACAAUGGGCUUGUGUAUGCUGUUGUUCUUCCUCGGGCUCGUCUGUGUGACCCAGGCAGGAAUCUACUGGGUCAACCUGGUGGACCAUUUCUGUGCGGGCUGGGGGAUCCUCUUUGCAGCUAUCCUGGAACUGGUGGGAAUUUGCUGGAUUUAUGGGGGGAACCGAUUCAUCCAAGACAUCGAGAUGAUGAUCGGGAAGAAGAGCUUCCUCUUCUGGCUGUGGUGGAGGGCCUGCUGGUUUUUCAUCACCCCUUGCCUCUUGCUGGCUAUCCUGAUUUGGUCCCUGAUCGAUUUUAAACCUCCCGAGUACGCCAAGGAAAAGUACCCGCUGUGGGGCACUGCCAUGGGCUGGUGCCUGAUCACUUUCUGUCUCAUUUGGAUCCCAGCGGUGGCCAUUUACAAGAUCAUCAAGGCCAAAGGCAACCUCUGGCAGAGAUUCGUCUCCUGCCUCAAGCCAAAACCCAACUGGGGGCCUGCUCUGGAGUGUCACCGGGGAGAGAGAUACAAGGAUAUGGUGGACCCGGUCAAGAAACAGGACGUCGAGAUCCCCACCGUGGACAGCUACGUCCACAAGCUGGAGUAAAGAGGGGGGUGGAGGUGCUGCUUCAGGCCGAGGGUCCCGCUUACGCCCAGCGAAAUCCAGGGAGACCGUGGAAUGGAUGCCAAAGACUUUGGACCAUCUGCCAAAGAGCCACAGCUGUGGCGGGGGCUCUGCUGCUAAGACAGGCCAGGCGGGGCAGCCUUCUAACUCAGGACCACCCUCUAGAGGUGGAGGGGGUUGGGACCCCUGCCCCGCCAGGCCCUAUCUAUAAAGAGCCAGCAAAAUAAUCCCUCACCCCCACCCCCCACAAACCCCAAAGUCUCCUCUGGCAAGGCGGAGUGCCCUCCCUCGCAGGGGUGUGGUGAUGAAGAACACACUUCCGCGAUCCGGUGAGCAUCUCCGGAGCCAUCACAGCGUCCGACUCUGGGAUCCUUUGCACACUUCGUUGGAUGUGGGAAGCCUGUCCUGAUUCAUGGAGACUUACUUGUGUGUGUCAAUGGGACGAGGACUAUCGCACAACACUCCGGACGCGCACCUACACAUAUCUGUUCUGACCCUCUCCUCCAUCCAGUAACGAAUGCCAAGACAAGCUUAACUGGAAUGUACUUUA